AUUGCUAUUUACACAAUACACAAUACCCUUUGCUUAUUUAGCAGACCAAUCCUUUGCAAACAGGCUUUUCUUGCCCCGGUGAGCAUUGGUGUAAAGCCUACAGGAAGUCUGCAAGCACACGAACAUCGACCUUCGCGAGAAAUAACGUUAGAUCGAUUAUACACAGCGGUUGGAGCAGUCUGCUACGACGGUGCCAUCUCGGGCAUCACCGGCAGCCGCGCGGAGCCCAUAUCGCCGCGGCGUUGGCGCUGAGGCCCUGGCACAAUGAGCAAUGGAGGCAAGAAGGGAGUGCGCUUGUUAGUCAAACUCGUUUCCACGGCGAAGACGGGGUUCUUCUAUGUGACCGAGAAGAACCCCCGCAACACGCCGUGGAAGCUCAAGCUGAUGAAGUUUGACCCCAAGGUCAACAAGCACGUGCUGUUCGAGGAGCAGAAGCUGAAGUAACCGUUGAUAACGGAUGCGAGGCAGAGACUGGGGGACUUACGCGCACGGAGGGGUUUGGGCACGGCAGCACGCGCUCGCACCCAGCACACCACCCGUGUGCCACCGCAAGUCAUAGCAUCAUGUGUACGCAUGUGAGGCUUGCGACGGUCUGAACACUGCGCCUUGCGAGGUAUAAGUGCUGGUCGCGCAAUAGUGGCUCCGCAUGCGUAGGCGCGCACAGCUGUGUGAAGCUGUGGACUGUCUGCGGAUGGAAUGGCCGGUGCUUUCUGUGAUUGUGAAGGUGGCGCCACAGAAGAACUGUGGAAGAACUCUGACUGUCUCUUCAGCGGGUUGCAACAUUCGGGUAAAUCCGAAUGUAAGAAAGGGCAUACGGUAGAUAGGACUCAUAAGAGGUGGUACGGUAGAGGGGGAAUGGGCGGCGGUUGCGUGACUUGAUUGGACGUAUCUAGCCAGCUGCGUCAGCGCCCGCACGACUGACGGGCCCCGGCCUGUGCGUUGAUGCUUGACUGUUACGAGGAUGCUGAGUUGGGACCAGAAAGGAGCCAUUUGCAGAUAUGGGAUGGCGUUUUGGGGCCAUACGCAACGUGUCUGCGCUGGCCACCGAUGGGGGUUUGUGGCCCUGUGGCCGUGUGAGGGGCGCCACCGAUGAGGUCGGAGUGACUGAGAGGGGCAAAGCAACGAGUGUCCUAAGUUGGCAAGGAUCAAGAGCGUCGCUGUGGUGAUAACUGUGUCAAACCGUUGUUGGAGUCCGAGGCUGACAGCAGGGCGAGGCAGGGCGAAGCCGAGGCUGGGGCUAAUUCCGCACAGCAGGAUGCUGCAAUGGGUUGUUGAAACCGGCAAAGAAUUUGUGUUGAAUCAGUUUCAAGUGGCGGCAAGGAUUGAAAGCGAUAGAAGCCAUCGUGCAGUGACACUGUCGGCCCCUGCGACGAUACGACGCGGGACUGGGUAACAGGAAUCGUACAUGUUGCCUGGCAUUUGCCGCCCAUCACCCC